AUGCAAGUGGAUGGAGACAUGUUUGUGGAACAUGAUGUACAUGGUAUAAAAGUAACUAGUAGUAGGCUUAGGUGUGUGAAUGAUUUUGCUGGAUUAGAUGUAAGUGAUGAAGAGGGAGUUGAAGGGUUGAAUGACAUUGAGGAUGAAAGGACUACUGCUAUUGUAGAUGGAUUCGAAGGAAUUGAUGUCACUAUACCAAUUAGGGAGGUUCCAAUAAUAGCUGGUUUGUUACAUUGUCCCAAUAAGAGGAAAUUAGAAGAUGGUGAUUAUGUUAGUGAAGAGCUAGACAACUCAGAUCCAGAUAACUCUGAAGAUGAAAAAAGGCCUAAGUUUGAGAAGUUUGGGAAAGAAAAAUUUAAUAAGAAUUUUAAGUUUAUGGUGGAUCAGAAACAAACUUUUUCCAUUAAGACUAUAAAUGACACAUACACAUAUGUUAUGGUUUUAGACAAUAGAUUUGCAAAUUCAAGGUGGAUGGCCAAGUAUGUUGUGAAGAAAGUGCAAACAACUGAUACAAAGAUAAUUGAGGGGGAUGCAUAUAAGAAAUAUGCUAACCUGUGGAGGUAUGCUGCUGAACUGCAAAGAGUAAAUGCAGGAAAUAUUAUGAAGAUCAACAUUGAUAGGUACCCCAAUGACCAUUAUUUUCCAUUGGCCUUUGGUGUUGUAGAAACAGAAACAAAAGAUAGUUGGAGGUGGUUCAUACAAUUAAUAAUGGAAGAUAUUGAAAAAGACAAUAGAUAUGUCUUUAUUUCAUAUCAGCAAAAGGGUUUGAUAGCAGUUUUCAAAGAGAUGUUUGAAAGAAUUGAGCAUAGACUAUGUUUGAGACAUUUGUAUGCAAACUUCAAGAAAAAGUUUGGAGGUGGAUCAUUGAUAAGAGGUCUAAUGAUGGGAGCAGCAAAAGCAACUUACCAAUAA